UGGUGUUCAUGACUUUUUGACUGUACUAAAAAUCUUACAUAACAGCAUUUGCUAUAAGCUUCACAAGUGGCCAAGGCUGGAUUCCUCACAACACCACAACAAACUCUUUACCAUGCCAGACUAUAAUUGGUUUGAAGGAAUACCUUUCCGUGCUAUCAGGUUUAAAAAAGAAAUUAUUGAAGAGAUUCAUAAUAACUUUGUGAUGAGAGAUGAAGACACAGUCAUAGUGACUUACCCCAAAUCAGGAACGCACUGGCUGAUUGAGAUUGUCUGCUUGAUUCAGACCAAAGGAAAUCCCAAGUGGAUCCAAUCUGUGCCCAUCUGGGAACGCUCACCAUGGAUAGACACUCAAUCAGGAUAUUCAAUAUUAAUCAAUAAGGAAGGACCACGCCUCAUCACCUCCCACCUUCCCUUACACCUUUUCCCCAAAUCUUUCUUCAGUUCCAAGGCCAAGAUUCUCUAUCUCAUAAGAAAUCCCAGAGAUGUUCUUGUGUCUAGCUAUUUUUUCUGGGGUAAGACAAAUCUUAUUAAGAAUCCAGAAUCACUGAGAACUUAUUUUGAAUGGUUCCUCAAAGGAAAUGAAUAAAGGCAUCCACCUAAAGAAUCUGAAGACCACUGGACAAAUGAGACAUCUGAAGAAAAAGGACAAAUCAUCCAGAAAAAAAAAAUGUACCAAGAAAAGGAGUAAAUUGGCCUAUUGACCUUUAUCACAUUUCCAACAGGAUAAAAUUUCAUAAGUCUUCCCAAAUGUUUGUUUCUAAUGUUCUCUGAUGUAUAAUGCAAAUGAUUUCCCUUUAUUUAUUAUUUAUUUAUUUUUCCAAAUAAAAAUUAAAGCAGGCUUUGGAGUUGAA